UAAACCGAAGCGACGUCGCGUACGAAAUGCGCAACAAAAGUUAACCAUAGAACUUGCCGUUUUUUUUGACGAAGCAGCAUAUAGCACAUUCAUGUUUCUUCUGGACAACGAUAAGGAAAAAAUACGCUAUAUGAUAUUAGCGUAUGUGAAUCGUAUUCAGGCUAUAUUCCAUCAUCCGAGUUUGGGUGUCUCCAUCGAUAUUUCGUUGAAACGAUUGGAAAUUAUGGAAAAACAACCAAUAAAUUUGCCAGUUGUUGACAGCGACUAUAAGAAAUUGCUGAAUACGUUCUGCAAUUACGCGAGAAUGUACAAUCCUUUACGUGAUAAUGAUCCGCGUCAUUGGGACAUUGGCCUUUAUCUAACCGGAAUAAAUCUUUAUAAAUAUUUGGCGAACGAUUUGAAGAGUUAUGUCACUCUGGGAGCAUCUUACUCCAAUGGCAUAUGCACUGCAAAUAAAUCAUGCGCGAUAGUAGAGUUUCGUGCUGCAUCUGAAACGAUACCUUCGGGUUUAAGUUCAUCUUCCGUUGCUGCCCAUGAAAUUGCUCAUGUUUUGGGAUUGAAACAUGAUACAAAAAAUGCGGGAGACAAAUACGAAUACAUAAUGGCAGCUUACGAGACCAAUCAAAGUCAGAUCUUUUGGUCCGAGUAUAGUCGUACGAAUAUGAGAUGGCUAUUCUCGACGGGAUACUGGUCAUGUCUUCGAGAUCAUGUCGAACCCGAAAAUGACGCAUACCUAUUUGAAAAUCGGAGUUAUCACAAUUUACCCGGAAGAGAAUGGACUGCCAAAGCACAAUGCGAAUUAUUUUUGCGAGAUAAGGAUGCAAACGUAGUCACGUUAUAUGAUAUAUGUCAAAAUUUACAAUGCGAAACUCCUCACAAGAAUACGUAUCAUUUUACGGGACCGGCGCUUGCAGGAACUGUUUGCGCACACGGGAAGGAAUGUCGCGGAGGAGAAUGCGUGCCCAUUAUCGAGCCGCCAUACAUUUUUAAGUAUUGUAAAGACGAUAACUGGAGUGAAUGGAAGGAAAACACCUGUAAAAGCAGUUGUUUGCCAAAAUCUAAAGGUGCAUUAGUCAGACGACGUUUUUGCAAACAUGAGACUCACAGAACAGCCAAUUGCAUUGGACCAUAUUACGACGUGGUUUUGUGCGAUGAUUCUUCACUCUGUAGUGAAAAACGUACAACAAUCACCGAGUUCACGACUAUGAAAUGCACCGAAUUCAGCCGUACCAUAUUCGAACUGGAAACGAAGCCGGAAUGGCAGGCUCCCCAUGAAGUCGAUAAACCGUGGAUAGCCUGUACUAUACACUGUGUACGAAAGAAACAUCCUUCUUAUGACACAGCAAACUUACGCUUCAAAAUGCUCGACUAUGAUAUCAACCCAUAUUUUCCGGAUGGAACGUGGUGUCACGAAGAAAAUGGUGAAAAUUAUUACUGCCGCCAGCAUUAUUGUCUGCCGCAAAGCUAUUCAUUCGAAGAAUAAUGAUAAAGACACUAUCCAUAUGUAUUAAUGAGUUAUCCAAAGAAAGAAGAAUGGCAAAACGCGCGUGAGUCAAUAAUUUUUAAAUUGUUUUAUACCAGACAUUAUUUGUUAUUUGUUUGUGUACAAAAAUAAUUUCGGCGUUUCUUAGAAAUAUAAGAUAUGUUAAGUGAAUAUGAUUUUUGGGUUUUGUGAUUGUAAAAAGGAAUGUAUUAAGUAAUUUUGUUU